UCUCUGGAAAGGAGGGAGCGAGGCAGAGACACGCAGAGAGAGAGAGAGCGAGUGAGCAGGGAUCGAGAGGAGCAGGAGAGGAGGCUAUCGUCUGGCUCGCACUAAAAGGUCUGUGACCGGGUUUUUCCUGCGCUUGUUUGCCUAAUUUAUUCCUGCGGGGGCCAGCAGAAAGAAAGGCGGAGAGGAAGAAAAAAAAGGACAGACGGAAUAGUAAAGAGUGCAACAGAACACCGUGACUCGCUGACAGGGAAUGCAGAAAGGUUCUGGCCUCUGGUUGUUACUGCCGGAUGGACAAGCACCGACAAAACGAGAGAAGAGAGGAGCCUAUGACUGAGGAGAUUGUUGAACUCGGCUUUUGUUUUGGCUUGUUGUUUUUUCUGUGACAUCUGAGCCUCUGACACCACAAACUCUGGAGAGUUGGAGGAGCCACAAGAAAACGUCAUUUCACCGCAGACAACAGAAGAGCACGAAGUCCUUUCACCAACUCCGUUGCUGCAGAAACCACAUUUUCGAGGGCUAAAAAAAAAUGAGGGUAUUGUCUUUCUCACCACGCUUCUAAUUUGAAUAUCAAGAGGUGGGAUCAUUGUCUGCAUAUGGUUCAUUUCAGGGCACAGAUGUGUUUCUGAGCCAAACUACUAUUUGUGUAUAAAAGCUUAAGUUCGUUUACUCUCAGAAAACCAAAGACAAGGACAUAAUCCAAUUCCAAGACUUUUUUCUUUUUCGCAUAAAAUUUCCAAAGUAGAACAAGGUCUUAUUUCUUCCUUCUCAUCGCUAUCACUUCAAUUACAGCCUCGACAAGUCAAGAGUGCGUCUGGACUAGAACUGCCUCAGAUCGUCAGAUAGCACCUCUGCACGGCAGGAACUGGUUGGACUAGUUUAAAAGUUGGAAGAGAGGGCAGGGCAGUUUAACCCUGCCUGAAGGAGACCUGUGUUAUUUCACUCCUACUUGCUUGUCCUUUUGGGAGAAAGUCAUGCGCUGAGAGAGAGAGAGGCUGACCUUCUUUUUGUUUUUGGAGACCGACUCUUGUUUUCUCCCUCGCCCCUAUGCUUUUGGAUAGUUUUCUCAGACCUUGGGAGCCAUUGAUCGGAGGUCAGGGCAGAGAACAGAGGGGUGAAAGACAAGAGCGGAGCGAGCAAGGGGAUUAAAGAAGAGAGAGAGAGAAAACAGCACUGGGAAGGACCUCCAGGUCAGUCUCAGCAGACGGCGGAGGAGCGUGAGGUCAACACGGAGGAGCCGGGACAACUUUUCAUCACAUUUUGGACAAAACCUGCCGUGAAUUACAAACCUGGAGCCACGGUCUUCAAGUGUGGAAGCAAUUUUUAGACUUUGAGGGUAACUAAGAGCUGGGGGCACAGGGCGGGUCUGUGAAUGAUCCAUUCACAGGACUGCACGUCUCAGAAAAUAUGGCCAUGGUGAGCGGGGGAUGGGGCAACCCCAAUGGGGACACUAAUGGACUGGGGGAGAAGGCUUACCUGAAGAGGGAGGAAGAGGACGGAUCGCCCCAGGCCGGCAGCAGCGACGUGGACGUGGGGGACGAGGACAAGGCGUGCGUGGUGGACUGUGUGGUGUGUGGGGACAAGUCCAGUGGGAAGCACUACGGCGUGUUCACCUGCGAGGGCUGCAAGAGCUUCUUCAAGAGGAGCAUCAGGCGGAGCCUUAACUACUCCUGCAGGUCGAAUCGAGAAUGCCAGAUCGACCAGCAUCACCGGAACCAGUGCCAGUACUGUCGACUGAAGAAAUGUUUCCGAGUUGGGAUGCGAAAAGAAGCUGUCCAGCGAGGUCGUAUCCCUCCGUCUCACUCGGGGAUCAGCCCCAACACCAUGGCAGGUGGAGUCGGGGGUGCGGGGCCCGGUCACCUCGGGGCCGAGUAUUUCAACGGGCAGCCGGUUUCAGAUCUCAUCUCCCAGCUCCUCCGGGCGGAGCCGUAUCCCAGCAGCCGGUACGGGGGCCCCUACAGCCAGGCACAGAUGCAGACGUCUGCGAGUGGGGCGUCCGUCAUGGGCAUCGACAGCAUCUGUGAGCUGGCCGCCCGGCUCCUCUUCAGCACCAUCGAGUGGGCCAGAAACAUCCCAUACUUCCCAGAGCUGCCAGUUUCAGAGCAGGUGGCGCUGCUGAGGCUGAGCUGGAGCGAGCUCUUCAUCCUGAACGCGGCUCAGUCGGCUCUGCCCCUGCACAUGGCUCCUCUGUUGGCCGCUGCUGGUUUCCACUCGUCCCCCAUGUCUGCCGAGCGCGUGGUGUCCUUCAUGGACCAGGUCAGGGUUUUCCAGGACCAGGUGGACAAGCUGAACCGGCUGCAGGUGGACUCAGCUGAGUACAGCUGCCUCAAAGCCAUCGCACUGUUUUCUCCUGAUGCUUGUGGUCUGACAGACCCGGCCCAUGUGGAGUCCCUGCAGGAGAAGGCCCAGGUCGCCCUGACAGAGUAUGAAAGGAUGCAGUACCCCAACCAGCCUCAGAGAUUCGGCCGGUUACUGCUGCGUCUCCCUGCUCUGCGCGCCGUGCCGGCCAACCUCAUCUCUCAGCUCUUCUUCAUGCGUCUGGUGGGCAAGACGCCCAUCGAGACGCUGAUCCGAGACAUGCAGCUAUCAGGGAGCUCCAUCAGCUGGCCCUACGUCCCGGGACAGUAAACCCCCCGGUGGCACCAGAGUGAGAUGGACUGAGAUCAGAUGGGAAGUUCCCAGAGAUGACACACGAGUACAAAGUGAAUGUUAUGAACACAAACUAAGUGAUGAGUUGUUCCUCACUUAAGCCUUGUACAGUUUGGUGGUAGUCGCACCCGAAAACAAAAAUGUACAUUUGUUUGACGCACUUGACAGUUUUGUCCUCCGAUCUCUCUCGGUCUCACUCUGGAUAGAGGAAAAACAGGGCUUUAAAUAAAAUGCAGACUCUAACAUGAGGCCAUGUGCCUAUACUACCUCCUUCCACAUCACCUCAUAUGUGACUCAGUUUGAACCCGGGCCCGAGUGUUUUCCCUCUGCUUUGUCUUUGAGUCCAAAUGAAGCCAUAGCGGUGCCACUUUCCACAGACAUCGUUCAAGUUGUGUCAUGUUUGAUAUGUGGAUGAAAUAUCAGACGUUGUUACCAAAUGUAUUUGUGAAGACUGCAAAACGUCACCUUGCAAAGCGUUGAAACAAAGAAGAGGUUCUACUCUGUAAAGUACUGCCAGUGUGCCAGAUGGGAAAUGUUAAAGUAUCGUACCAGAAGCUUAAAAUGAUUGUAUCUUGAGGAAGAUGAUUGUACGCGACCAGGGUAGGGAUGGGACGCUCAUUACCAACGUUUGGAAGCUGUGUCGAGAUUCCGAGACUCUUCUCCGAAAUGUACUUUCCCCUCCUGCGGGAACAAACUGAGCCGAGCGCUAACGUUGUGGUCGCGAUUCACGUUCAUCAUCACGAGCACAAUUGGCUGGAAAGACAUCACGUGAGAAGAGAUGUGCAAACACAGACGUGAUCCAUGUUUUGCUAUCCAGCAGAAGUGUCAUCAAAAUAUCGUACAAAUACGAUCAUUAUCAUACAUCUGGCAACACUGAGUACUACCAGGAAAUAUUUUGUAUGGUAUAUAUUUAAAGGCAUAGCAAAGCAUUUUGUGGAUAACAUUUAGUUGCGUUCUUGCUGAGGGUCAGAUACAAAGACUGACGCCAACCUCAUGUCUGUACAGUAGCUAUCUAGCUGAUGCUAAUAACUUCCAGCAACUCUAAAGCUUGCUAGCUAACAUGUUAUAAACAAUUUUUUCCAAUUGCACAUAACCCUGCAUACACUAGUCUAGAUUUUACGCUUUUUGUUUUAGCAGCGAUGCCGGCGGAUAUUUUGUCUAUGACCAAAACGAGGCUAUAGCUGCUUCCCUGUCUUUCCAGUCUUUAUGCUAAGCUACGCUAAACAGCUGCUGGUUCCAUCCUCAUAUUGACUCUGAGGGUGGAAUCCAUCUUCUCAUCCUCAACAAGAAAGCAAACAACUUUAUUUUCCCAAAGUGCGGAACUAUGCCUUCGAUGUAGAACACGAUAACGUUGUUCCAGUAGAAAGAUAAGUGGAGGUGAAUAUGCUCAGACACACCCUGGCUCCCUCAGUCACAUCCCUGUCCAACAUUAUUACCUCAUGUUUUAUACAUCAAAGAUUGUAUCGUGAACUGUUCAUGUACUAAUAAUAUAAAGGGAUCAAAUUAUCAUUAUAGCAGAAACCACAGACAAUAAUAUUCAAAAAACCUGUCUGUCCUUCAGACUUCAGCCAAAAUAUGUUUUGAGUGUUUUAAAAAUGUAAAGUUUGAUGUAAGAGGACACGUGAAGUUUAUCGGAUCAUUUUACCGGGAGCGGCACUGAGUCAAAUUACUCUCACGCUUUUCUGUUGAGUCUCUGCAGAUGGGACAUUGUGUCUUUUGCCUUUAUAAGGGCAGAGGUACUUCAUUUUGUCACAUGUUUGAUUCCCCUUUUCAGAAGCGUGUCCUGGUGCACAGCGGUCACUAUCACAUCGUCUCUACGCUUAUGCAAGGUCCUUGCAUGUUGCGUGUCGAGGUUUAAAGAUUGCGUUGUUUGUUGGUACUGAGAUAAAAGGUACGUUCAUGGCUCGGUGUCACACGUGUUGGUCUUUCCACAAUAAUUGAGUGAAAGACAAUUUUGGCUUUUAAAGUUUUGUAUCACUUGUUCUUAUAUCAUUUAAAAAAAAGAAGGUAUCAAUGACCACGAUCCCUGAAGCCGCUCAUCGUGCUCUCCCUGAAUCACUCUGUGUUAUUUGUUGGAAUGUAAACUAGUGAUUUGACUGUUUAGCUUUGCAUUUAAAAGAAGUUUGUUUCUAUGACCAUGCCAAAACUUUUAAAAAAAAACUAAUGCAAAUGAUGUUCAUAUAGCUGACUGGUUAUUUUUGCAUUUCUGGAAAUAAAAGAAUGCACAUUC